AUGAAGACCUUCACUGUCACAUGCACAGUCUGGUUAAGAGAUAGACACCGCCUCACCGAUGGAGCGAAGGAGUCACAUGAGUCAGUCGCAGUACAGUACCUGAAUGGUAGUAAAAAUUUCCAGCGAGGCAACGAGUAUCCAUCGCUCCACCUCCUUCCUACACACGCUCAUCAUCAAUCUCGCCUUCUUCAACCACAAUCUCCAACCACAAUCUCCUUUCCUUCAAAGGGCCAAAUGUUCUCCGCUUCCUCCACAUCACCGACGUUUCAUCCUUCCCCCGUAGCCUUCCGAACGCCUCGACCGCACCGAAGCUGCCAACCCCGCCGACCCCGCCGACCCCGCCGACCCCGCCGACCCCGCCGACCUUCACUACACAUUCGCCCUCGCUUCCUCAUGUCUAUGCCCACCAGUCCUCCCAGGCCCGCCAUCUUGCUCACCAAUGAUGACGGCCUGGCUCCCGACCGCGCCCUCGUCCUCCCGCUUGCUCAACGACUCGUCCAAGCGGGGCACACCGUCGUCGUGGUCGCCCCCUCCGAGGACAACUCUGCCUGCGGCCAGCGCAUCACGCUAAAACAACCCAUGACUCUCCGCCGCCACCCCGCUGAAGAACGCAAAUACGGCCUCGUUGACCCUCCGAACGCUCGUCAAAACGGCAUCCCCGCCGGCAAUCUCGCCGUCUUCUCGCUCGACUCCGGCACCCCUGCCGACUGUAUAAUCGCCGCCGCUGAGCCGCACAUUGGCCUCCUCGCCAAGCUGCACGUCGCGCCCGUCCUGACGGUGUCCGGGCUCAACUUGGGGCAGAACAUGGGCAACGACGUGCUGUACUCGGGCACGUUUGCCGCGGCGAGGCAGGCGGCCAUGUACGGCGUGCCGGCUGUGGCGGCGUCGCUUGACAUGUUUCAUGCGGACAUGAGUAAAGCCGAAGACGUAGCCAGCGUGAACAAGGCGCUUGACGCGGCGACAGAAGUGACGCUGGCGGCGCUGAGAGCGGUGCCGUUUCCGCUGCCCAACCGGCCCGAGCGCGUGAUGCCCAAGGGUGGGACAGAAGUACCGGAGACAGGGUUGCGAGAGGCGUUUGGGAAGGGAGAUGUGGUACUGAAUGUUAAUGUGCCGAAGGGAUGGCAGGGGGCGUACGAGACGACGUGCUUGGAUGCGGUGCAGUAUCGGAACGCUAUGGGGGUGGAUUUUGUUCCCGGGGAGGGGGAGGAGGUGCAAGUGUGUAUUGCAGAGGCAGAGGCGGUGAGGAUGUGGGCGAAGGGGACCGAUUCGGUGGCUGUUUUGGAGAAAGGGAGGGCGAGCGUAACAGCGGUGUCGACAUGGCCGCAGCCACACCCACUAGCGGUGAAGCCGCAUGUGCUCGUAGAGGGAGUAGGGGACGGGCUUCCUGGGUGGCUUGAGGUUCAGAGCCGGGUGGCAGGGAAGACGUCCAACCGCCCCCCAUCGGCUUCCUUCGUCACCACUAUGGCCGCCCGCGUCGUCAAACAAGUCAUCAAGAUGACCCUCCCUGCCGGCCAGGCCGCCCCCUCCCCUCCCGUGGGCCCCCGUCUCGGUCAGAUGGGGGUCAACAUCAUGCAAUUCUGCAAAGACUUCAACGCCGCCACAGCCGUCUACGUCGACGGCACCCCCCUCACCACAAAGGUCAUCGCCUACACCGACCGCUCUUCAGCCUUCAAGAUCCGCUCGCCGCCCGUCUCUUUUCUACUCAAGAGUGCUGCCGGCGUGAAGAAAGGCGCCACCUCCCCGGGGCAUGACGUUGCGGGAAGCGUCUCUUUGAAGCAUGUUUAUGAGAUCGCAAAGAUUAAGCAGAAGGAUCGUCAUCUGAGCCAUCUUUCACUUGAGAUGCUCUGCAAGUCAAUCAUCUCCACGGCAAAGACCUGCGGAAUAGAGGUCCAAGGGCCGCCUCCUGACCUCAUCAUCCAACGUAUCACAUCGCCAGACGAUGACCAACCUCAACCAGCUGUUGCUAAUCAAUGA